UAGCUGACAUGUGGUCCCAGCCGGCUAUCCACCACCGAUUUGCCUCAGCCUCUGUCCGUCUCGCGCGCCGGCUGCCGCUGCACUUGCCCAUGGCCAUGGCGCCGCCGUCUCCUCCCUGCCUCCUCCGCGCCCUCCUCCCUGUCGCCUCCUCCUCUUCUCGGGGGCUCCGCCGCCGGCCUACUACCUCCUUGCUCCGCUGCUCCUCGCCGUCGGCGGAUGCGGCGUCGCCGUCGGGGGAGGGUGGCCGCGAGUACGAGCCCUCCUUCGCCGACGACUUCCUCCUCGCCUUCUUCCGUGCCAAGAUGGUGGAGGAGGUUGGAUGGGAUUCUGAAAAGCCUGGCUACAAUGGACUGAUUGAAGUUGCCAACCGCCUCAUGAUCAAGGGGAAGAGUGCGUUGGAGACAGAGCAAUCAGCUGUCCGAGUACUCCGAUCACUGUUUCCCCCUCUCUUGCUUGUUCUCUUCAAAGCUCUUUUAGCACCAAUUGCUAAUGGUCAAUUGGCUUCCAUGAUGGUUGCUAGAGCAACAGCACUUUCAUGCCAAUGGCUGAUGGGGCCAUGUUUGUUAAAUUCCAUAACAUUAUCCAAUGGAAAAUCAUUAUCAAGCGGGGUAUUUGUUGAGAAGUGCAAAUAUUUGGAAGAGAGCAAAUGCCUUGGUGUUUGUAUCAACACAUGCAAACUGCCAACUCAGACAUUCUUCAAGGAUCACAUGGGUGUUGAUUUGUAUAUGGAACCAAACUUUGAAGACUAUAGCUGCCAGUUCAACUUUGGGGUGUCACCUCCACCUCUUGACACCGACAAAGCCCUAAAGGAGCCCUGCUUGGACAUAUGCACGAACGCGAGAAGACGGAAAGAGCUCGGAACUGGUAGUAGCACAGAUGGUUUGCAAUGCCCCCAAGUUUGAUGAGACGCUUUUGAAAGUUUGGACAGCAUAACUGAAGAUGGGAAUGAGAUCCUCUGCAGUACUGCGACUGACAUGUGGGCCACACUUACCAAGAGCCCAGAUGUCAGUGACUUCUACUGCAGGAGAAUACUGCAGAGUCUCUGAAGAUGCCUGGGCAUACAGCCAUUGUGCCCCUUUUUCAGUUACUGCCACUAGACUUAACUGCUAUAGUCUGAUAUCAAUACUAACACUGUUGUCUCAAACAACAACUUAUAUUUUUGGGAUGUAACACAAUUCUACUUGGAAAUCAAUUUGGAGAGAUGCUCAUGUGAAUGAUUUGUCUGCA